CUACAGACGCAGCUUCUUCGUCUUCUUCUUCUUCUUCUUCUUCUCUCUCUCUCUCCCUCACACACACACACAUACAACAUGCCUGCUUGGUGGGGAAGAAAAUCCAAUUCCAACAGAAAGAAGGAAGAAGAUCCAGCUCCCAUCAAAGACAGGAAAUCAAAAGAAAAACCCAAGAGUUUCGACGAGAUCUUCGCCCGUAAUUCGCCCAACAACAGAGAUUCUGCGACCGGGUCUGCUCCCGGUUUCGAUUCCGAUGGUGUGCUGGAGAAGCGGGGCCUCCCACUCCCUCGCCCAACCCCCCUGUCGGGGUUGUCUUUGGUCCAUGACCGCGGGAUAGUUUCUGGAUCCGUCUCGAGCGUCAGCUCCUCUGGGUCUUCGGAGGACCAGUCGGAUCAUGCGCUGGCAGGAUUUUACAGAAGCAAAUAUUCAGACCCCACAAACACGCAGAGAGGUAGAUGUUUGAAGCCCGAUUCACAGAGACAACAACAAAUUGCAGAGAAUAGGCAUCUUGUUCCAAGCGGUCCAUUUGUAGAGUAUCUGAAACCAUCAGAUAUACCUGCUUCUCCAAGAAGUGAAUAUCAGCUAAAUGGUUCAGCCACUCCUCCCAAUGGCACUGCCUUAUGUAGCCCCCGAUCAUCUGUGGAGAUCAGGUUCAGUCCAAGAUCAGUAAGUCCUGGUCCCGUGUCAAGAGGGCAUACUCUUUCUCCAUCAGCCUUGUACCCACGAGCAUGUUCUUUUAGUCCAGAAUCUUCCAUGGAGAAGCUAGAAGAUGAGAAGAAUCAGUGCCAUCCGCUUCCACUUCCACCAAGUUCUCCUAGUUCUCCCACUUCACGUGCAUUGAGAAAUAGUGGGGUGAAUGACAAUGUUCAAUUUCAAAGUCUUCGUUCAAAAUGGAAGAAGGGAGGAAAGAUGUUAGGAAGAGGAACGUUUGGGCACGUUUAUGUUGGAUUUAACAGUGAGAGUGGACAAAUGUGUGCAAUAAAAGAAGUCAGAGUGAUUUCUGAUGAUCGAAAUUCAAAAGAAUGUCUCCGGCAACUCAAUCAGGAAAUAACUUUGCUCAGUCAGCUUUCCCAUCCGAACAUCGUGCAGUAUUAUGGAAGUGAACUGACCGAAGGUGCUCUUUCAGUUUAUCUGCAGUAUGUUUCUGGGGGAUCUAUUCAUAAAUUACUUCAGGAGUAUGGCGCUUUUAAGGAACCUGUUAUUCAGAACUACACGGCCCAGAUUCUUUCUGGACUUGCCUAUUUACAUGGAAAGAAUACUGUGCAUAGGGACAUUAAAGGGGCAAACAUACUUGUAGAUCCUAAUGGUGAAAUUAAGCUGGCUGAUUUUGGCAUGGCUAAACACAUCACAUCCUGUACUUCGGUGUUGUCUUUCAAAGGAAGCCCUUACUGGAUGGCUCCUGAGGUUAUAAUGAACUUUAGCGGGUACAAUCUAGCUGUGGACAUUUGGAGUCUUGGAUGCACGAUUAUUGAGAUGGCAACGUCAAAACCACCCUGGAGCCAGUAUGAGGGGGUGGCUGCAAUAUUUAAAAUUGGGAACAGCAAAGAUAUUCCCGACAUUCCUGAUCAUCUAUCAGAAGAGGGAAAGAGUUUUUUGAGGCUCUGCCUGCAACGUGACCCGUCUGCACGUCCAACAGCAGCACAACUGCUGGAGCACCCCUUCGUUCGCGAUCAAGCUACAGCAAAAUUUGCAAAGACCAAUAUACAUAGUAAUAGAGACACAGUGCAAUCUUCCAAUGAUGGAACCCAUAUGCAGAACACAAUCGAGUUCCAAUCCAACAGAAAGAACAUACCUUCACUUGAUGGAGAGUAUGGCAUGAUGAGAAUGAACAUAACUUCACUUGAUGGAGAGUAUGGCAUGAUGAGAAUGAACAUAACUUCACUUGAUGGAGAGUACGGCAUGAUGAGAAAUGCAUGUGGAUUUCCUACAACCUUUAACAGUUCAAGUAAUCAGAUCGGCACAAGAAUGAACUUGUCUUUGCCCGUGUCUCCUUGUUCAAGUCCUCUACGACAGUUUGCAGCAGCUCCUAGAAGUUGUUUUCCAUCUCCUCCUCAUCCAGUUUACGCAGCAGGGAUGUGUGGUUAUGGUAUGACCAAUCAUGCAGUUUCACCUCCCGGAAUCAAUAAGAACUUGACAGCGCAACUGGCCACAAACCAUUCAGAUCCUUGGCAAGACACCUACCAGUUGAGGCCCCAAACACCUGAUGGCUCCCCAAGGGUGAGACACAUGCAAAGUUGGUGCUCAUGAAAACCAGAAAGGCCAUUGCAAAUGCCCAGUGGAUUAGAUGCAGUUUCCUUCAGAGGAUUUAACAAUUGCUUUGCAUCAACGGCGUUGAGAUGUAUAGGGUACACCCACAUAUGAAAGCACUAAAAACCGAUUCUCGCGAUGCAAUUAAAUGAGACCAGGAUUUGGACAAUGGUCUAAUGAGGAUAUUUAACUGAAUUGAGAAUGCGGGCUGGUUCUCUCGUUCUGUUUGUAACAUUAUUCUUGAUAUGAUCAUUGUAAUUGGAGAGCAUCCAUGUUCAUUUUCUGUAUAAAAGCCCCUUUUUGCUUCUUCUCUGUGGUGGGUAAGCAAUAAACCCAGUAUAUCUGAUAAUGUUGUAGCAAAA